CUUUUUCUGCAACAUGACUCCCUCCCUCCCUUUCCUUCACAGCCGUCCAGACAGCCUCACUCUCUCUUUGUGCGCGCGGACCAAGUUGACUAACUACGUUUCAUUUUAAAAGGACUGGAUAAGACGGGAGAAACAGCAUGGCUUUCCCAAAGAACUCGUUCAUAUUGGUGUUUCUUCUUAUUUGUUCCCUCAGCUGGAAUGCCUGGGCCAAGGUGGACAUGACCAUGGAGGAGAAUGUGGAGGUGUACCUGGGCGACUUAGCAGACAUACCCUGCCAGUACGUCUUCAGUGAGCAGCCCAGAGCAGUCAUGAUCCAGUGGUUUGUGAGGAAUCCUGGUAGCAGUAGCCGGGAGCGGAUCUACUACGGUGACAACACGCAGCAGAUAGUGGACGACGGUACAGACUUCACGGGCCGUAUCACGGUGUCCGACAUCGGGGACCAGGAGGGCGUGCUGCUUACCAUCCAGGAUGUCCAGCUGACUGACGAGAGGGAGUUCUUCUGCCAGGUCAACGGCAUGGCCGCAGGCAACGGAGAAGGCAAGACCCACAUCAGAGUGUUCGAUCCUCCAGAGGCCCCAGUAAUUGAAGGUGUCCAUGCUGGAAUCUCUGUGACCAAUGAGCUGCCAUCAAGGAUUGCAUCGUGUGAGGCCAGGAACGGCUUCCCCAGACCCAACAUCACCUGGUACCGUGACAGCAGCCCACUGACCCCAACACAUGGCCAGAUCAAUGUGGUAACACUAGUGACCCGUGAGUCCAGUGGCUUCUACACGGUCCAGAGUGAGCUGCAGUACAAAGUGGCCAAGGAGGACAAGGACGCCCUGUUCUCUUGUGAGGUCAGCUACUACGUUCCAGGAGGCGUGAGGACGGCGAAGUCCAAGGGCAUCAACAUCACUGUGCACUUCCCCACAACCAUCAUCGAGCUGUGGAAGGAAUCUCCCCAGGGCCUGGUCAAAGAGGGGGACACUGUGGAGCUUCGUUGCCAAGGCGAUGGCAACCCCCCGCCGCCCUUCACUUUCAACCGAGAACAAGAGCAGGAGACGGUGCUAGAGGCCAGCGAUGACACUUUGGUGCUGAGGGAGGUGAUCCGUGGGAACAGCGGGGUCUACCAGUGCCGUUCUCUGGACCUGGACACCUACGAGGAGGUCACGGGAGACAUGCAGCUCACUAUCCACUAUCUGGACCCAGCUGUUGUGGUGCCCAAAGACUCAGAGAUCUUGUUAAAAGGAGAGAGUCUGACUGCUACUUGCAACGCUCUGUCUUCCCUGGAAACCGCCACUGUCUGGUUCAAGAAUGGGCAGCAGGUUGGCACAGGCCACAUGCUGUUCCUGCAGGAUGCCACCUAUGACACGGCAGGAGAGUAUGUGUGUGAGGUGACUGUUCCUUCCCUGCCUGGACUGCACACCUCUGGCUCAGUCCACAUCAUCGUCCAGGGUGCUCCCCAGAUGAAGGAUGCUGACAGGGAGGUUGAAAUGGAUGAGGGAGCUGGGAAGUGGGUGAACCUGAGCUGUGAGGCACAUGCACACCCCCUUCCCACCAUCUCUUGGACCGUGACUGGCAGCCAGAGCUGGCGCGAGGUGCUGACCAGAGCCACGGAGCACAGCACUAUCAGCGUGGUGUCUGUCAAAGUGACCUCUGACAUCACAGCCUUCUGUAACUCCACCAACGAUAUUGGCACAGAGACAAAGUCCUUCAGCAUCAGAGCCAUUCCCAUGGUCACUUCAACCGCGCCCUACUCACCCGCUGAGGGCAAUGGUGUGAUCAUUGUGGUCAUCAUCCUCUGUAUCCUUCUGCUGGCCAUCCUGGGGAGUGUGCUCUACUUCCUCCACAAGAAGGGCAAGAUCCCCUGUGGCCGCUCUGGCAAGCAGGAGAUCACCAAGGAGAACCCCAACAAAGAUGACAUUGUGGUGGAGAUGAAGACUAACACCAAGACCGAGGAUGCCGGACUUCUGAAGGGCGUCAACGGUGACAAGAAUGGCACCAGUGACCAGUAAAGUACAUGGAGCUGAGGAAGUGACAUAUGCAGAGGGCCAAGCUCUGACGUGGCCAGCCGAAGCUCUUCGCAACCCCACCACAUCCACCCACAAUCCAAGGCUAGACUACUGGAAGCCUUGGAAAAAUCAGCUUUCACAAUCACUAUAUAAUUAGGACUCAAUCAAUCACUUUCCCCACAUUUCUUCCCUGUGUUCAGCAGUAUUCCCCAUAUCUGGCCAAAACCACACAGGAACACACACCAUUGAUUUUAAGAUGUUUGAUAGAGGUUUGGAGGAUGUUUUGAUUGCUUCGUUUUACUGUUUCUUCUUUUGUACCGUUUCCCCAAAGCCUUUUAGAUUAUUUUAUUUUUGCUGUUUUCAAGUGUACUAUGACGUUCAUUAAUUGUUCAUUAUAAACUUUAUAAAGUGUAUAUAUUAUAUAUAUUUCGUUAUUUAAGAUAAUUUGACACAUACCUUUCAGACUUCAUGGUAGUAUCUGUUUAUGAUGUCAUUUUGCUUUAGCUAUUCAUCCAUGGUCCUUGUUUAGGCGUUCCUACAUUAUCUUAUGGAGGUGAUUUGACCAUAAAUGUCACUCAGUCAGGCCAAGGGUUCUCUCUUCAUAUCUUCACCCUCUUAGGACUCUAUUCAAUCUGUAACUCUGAAGUGUUACAGAUUCCACAAUAUACAUUUAAAGAUAAUUUCCGAUUGAGCCGACAUAAGCAGCGUUUACCGUGAAUGCAGUCUCCGCUAAAGCGAGAACAUUGCCUUUAAAUUACAAACACGCUGUAAAGCUGCAUUUCCGUGAUGCGGAUUGAAUAGAGCCCUCAGUUUCUUUUCUGAUUGUUAUGUCUUCUUGAGCACUAUCAGUGGCAUCAGUGGAAGCUUAAAUGUACUACAUGUAACAAUUCAACAACGAACCGUCUCUUGUUGUCAAAUUGACUGGGGUCAGAAAAUCUCUUAUUGUCAAAUUGACUGGUCCGUUGUUGAAUUGACAAUACAAGAUUUGCUGGCUUCAGUCAAUUUGACAACAAGAGAUGGUCUGUCUUUUGAUAGCCAAUAAGGCUGCACCAUUAGAAUGCAAUUUUGUGUAGGCAGAAUGUAAACAAAAUUGAAAUAAAUAUUGUGAAACUAUCAUUCCACUAUUACUAUACAUAUAUUAAGGACAUUUUCUGAAAUUACAAAGGAAACAUAUUACAUAUAGCCCUUUAAGUCCCCACACUGAAACUCCCUGCCAUGGAGGCAAGGUGGAUCUAAAUCCUUCUACUCUAAUCACCAUUUACUUAUCUUACAUGGACAUCCAGAUGUAAGAAGUAUGUGAUCUGUGGCGGUAUACAUGACCUGUUGUCUCCCAAAGCUUAUGCAAAUCUGGUUAGUUUUGUGAAUGGUCUACUAUCAGUGGACCAGUUGCAAUUGUUAUGUUUUUAGUUUUUUUUGUUGGAAACAUGCAGUAAAUAUACUGGUGUUCAAGACCUGAUCCAAUGAAUAAUCAGAUUGUGUCUACAACUCUACAUUCUUCAAAGCUCUGUUGUACACAAUUAUAACACUAUUCUUUUUUAUCCAUUUAUCAUUCAUGAUAUCAAUAUGAUAUUCAUAAUAUGCUAAUCUGUUGACAUUGGACAAAUUACCCAUUGUAAUGUGUAGAGAGACAUACAAAAUGUGACAUGUUGUGGGUGUGUGUACAGUACUAUAUUGGCUCACUAAAAGCUUUGACAACUAUACUCCAUCAUAAGACAUAAGUUAUGGAGCUGCCUAUCUGAAGAGGAGAGAAAGCCUAAAGUAAAUCAGGGAACCAGUGAGCUUGUCAUGUUAGAUAAGCAUAAGUGGCCCAAUGCUUUUCCACCUUUAUGUAAAUGGAGAAACGCCAUGCCAACAGGCGUUUAAAUUUAAUCAUCAAAACUCGCCGUCCGGAUGAGUCAUUCUCUUGUGAACUACUGUCAAGCUCUUGUACUGGCCUUCAAUUGUAUUUUUUGAAACGGCCUACUAUAUUAUAAUCUGCAGUGCCUGUGGAAAUUUGUCGUCUCAUUUUGAAAAUGUAAAAUACACUGAAUUGUUUAUUUUUUCUUAUUUGCUCUGUGUAUUUCUUUGUGUUUGGGUGAGCACCAAGCAGACCUGAAGGUCAUUUUGUGUGUGAUCCAUUUUGGAUGCUUACUGUAAGUUGUGUGCAGGGAAGAAGAAGCUAUUGCUAUGAUUUGUAUCAUUUACGGAAUGGUGAUAUGUUACUAAAAGGUAUUAUGAUUUUGAUAUUGUACUCAAACGGGGAGAGUUCAAUUUGUACAAAUAGUGUAUGUUGUGAUCCAAAUAUUGCCUUCAAGGUAAUAUUUUAGUGGUCAUUGUAAGUGUUCAGUUGAAAUGUAAUACAUUUUGUUCAGCCUGCUUACAUCCUGCCAUAGGACUGCCAAUAGUGGACUUUUGGUAGUAUGACUCAAGAAAAGAAACUGCCCCUCAACUGUGUGCCUUUUUUGUUCAGUCUGGUUUAGUUGUGUUAUAGUGUAGUGUUUUGAUGCUUAUGGAAGGAAGAGGUCUGGACAUAGGAGUGUUUGAGUUUCAUUCAUUUAUGUCACCCAAAGACAGAUCCCAACACAGGGGAAGGAAAAGCUUGUGGGUGACUGGCCUACAUGAUGUAAAAAAGGUUCACUGUUAGCCACAACCAACAGUAUGUUAUGCAGUUAGCUCAGAAAAUAUCAAGUUAAACCUGCUUCCUCCCGUCCCAAACUCUUUCUUUGAAUGAUAUGUUAUGUUUAUGAUUAUCUGGAACAGCUACCGGUGGACAAGAAUGUUUGGACCUGCACAGUUCAUCAUUGUUUUGUCAUGUUCUGAUUUUGCAAAUGUGUGUAAAUUAAGUGCAGUUCUUGUGAUUUGAUGUUUGCAUUUUUUACAAAUCUUUUUUGCAAGAAAAUGCCAAAUAAAAAAAUGUUACAUUUGA